AUGACUACAACACGAUCAGCAUCUAAAAAGCAGGAGCCUUCCACAAGUGCCCCUCUAGCCACUGAGGCGCAGCCCGGAUCCAAACACAAAACAGAAGAAGUGGGAGAAGAGCGUGCACCAAGCCCAAAACGGAGUAAGAAGGAAGAACCGGAGGCCUCAGCGAGCGGAAACCCAAAAGAAACCAAAGAGGUACAAGGAAAAGGAGAAACGAAAAAGACUGAGGAAGAGGGUGCAAAGCUGGAAAAGAAAGAGAGUAAGCAAGCUCCUACACCACGAUCGAAGGAGGAAGCUUCCGCCGUUGAACCACAGGGCAGAGAGGAACCAGAGGCCCUGCCUGCCAGCAUCCUCGAGAAGGGCAUCAUCUACUUCUUCUUCCGUGGUCGAGUCAAUGUGGACCAGCCGUCUAGCGUCAGCGAGAUAGCUCGGAGUUACAUCAUCUUGAGGCCUAUUGAGAAAGAUGCCAAACUUGGCAGUGGCCCCAUUGGAGAUGCUGGCAACAGCCGAGUGUGCGUAAUCCCAAAGAAAGUCCUUCCUCAGAGCGGCCGUGACCGCUGGACGGGCUUCGUUGAGAAGGCUGGAACUUCUUUCCAGCAAAUCAAGGAGGAGUUUCUCGCAUCGUCUGAGUAUCAAACCAAGACAGCUGGUGAGAGACACGUACCUGCUGCUAUACCAAUCGGAGAGGGCAUCUAUGCGAUUAAUAGCACGGAACGUGAGAGUCAUUUGGCCUAUCUCUUGACCAUACCAAAAGAACUUGGUGAAGUGCAAAAAGAGAUGGGUCUAAAAGAGAAGGGCAGCUUCAUUAUCAGUACAAAGAACCCUGAAUAUCCAGGUCCUCAGAAUGCAAGAUUGCCAAGGCCCCCAGAGUAUCCCAGGGAACUACUCGAAGAGUUUCGUUCUCUUCGCUGGAUUCCAACGCAGCCAAAACACCUUAACUAUGUCAACACUCAGUUCCUCCUGAUUGGAGAAUCUUCGGGGAUCAAAAAAGCCUUCGAAGCUCAGAAAGAGGACAAGGAAGAAGGAAGGACUGAGCCGACAAAAGAAAUGGAGCAGCUGGCAGAGGAGGACUCCAAGAGAAUGAAAGAGCUCCGCAAAGAUGAAUUGGAUUGUAUCUUCGCUGAUCUUCAAGCACAUGCAGAUGACUAUCCGAAGCUUCAGACAACAUUUUAA